CCCGCCUUCUCGGCCGCCGCCUCCACGGGGCGGGGCCCUGGCCCGGGGACCAGCCGCCGCGGCUAUAAAUGGGCUGCGGCGAGGCCAGCAGAACGCUGUGACAGCCACACGCCCCGAGGCCUCCAAGAUGAGCUACACGUUGGACUCGCUGGGCAACCCGUCCGCCUACCGGCGGGUGACCGAGACCCGCUCGAGCUUCAGCCGCAUCAGCGGCUCCCCGUCCAGCGGCUUCCGCUCGCAGUCGUGGUCCCGCGGCUCACCCAGCACCGUGUCUUCCUCCUACAAGCGCAGCGCGCUGGCCCCGCGCCUCGCCUACAGCUCCGCCAUGCUCAGCUCGGCCGAGAGCAGCCUCGACUUCAGCCAGUCCUCGUCUCUGCUUAACGGCGGUUCUGGGCCGGGCGGCGACUACAAGCUGUCCCGCUCCAACGAGAAGGAGCAGCUGCAGGGCCUGAACGACCGCUUCGCGGGCUACAUCGAGAAAGUCCACUACCUGGAGCAGCAGAACAAGGAGAUCGAGGCAGAGAUCCAGGCGCUGCGGCAGAAGCAGGCCUCGCACGCCCAGCUGGGCGACGCGUACGACCAGGAAAUCCGCGAGCUGCGCGCCACCCUGGAGAUGGUGAACCACGAGAAGGCGCAGGUACAGCUGGACUCGGACCACCUGGAAGAGGACAUCCACCGGCUCAAGGAGCGCUUCGAGGAGGAGGCACGGCUGCGCGACGACACGGAGGCGGCCAUCCGCGCGCUGCGCAAAGACAUCGAGGAGUCGUCGCUGGUCAAGGUGGAGCUGGACAAGAAGGUGCAGUCGCUGCAGGAUGAGGUGGCCUUCCUGCGGAGCAAUCACGAGGAGGAGGUGGCCGACCUGCUGGCCCAGAUCCAAGCGUCACACAUCACCGUGGAGCGCAAAGACUACCUGAAGACGGACAUCUCGACGGCGCUGAAAGAGAUCCGCUCCCAGCUCGAGUGUCACUCCGACCAGAACAUGCACCAGGCCGAAGAGUGGUUUAAGUGCCGCUACGCCAAGCUCACCGAGGCGGCCGAGCAGAACAAGGAAGCCAUCCGCUCCGCCAAGGAAGAGAUCGCCGAGUACCGGCGCCAACUGCAGUCCAAGAGCAUCGAGCUCGAGUCAGUGCGCGGCACCAAGGAGUCCCUGGAGCGGCAGCUCAGCGACAUUGAGGAGCGCCACAACCACGACCUUAGCAGCUACCAGGACACCAUCCAGCAGCUGGAAAAUGAGCUUCGGGGCACGAAGUGGGAAAUGGCUCGUCAUCUGCGAGAAUACCAAGAUCUCCUCAACGUCAAGAUGGCUCUGGAUAUUGAGAUUGCCGCGUACAGGAAACUCCUGGAGGGUGAAGAGACCAGAUUUAGCACAUUCGCAGGAAGCAUCACUGGGCCGCUGUAUACAUACCGACAGCCCUCCAUCGCCAUAUCCAGUAAGAUUCAGAAAACCAAGGUAGAGGCUCCCAAGCUAAAGGUACAACACAAAUUUGUUGAGGAGAUCAUAGAGGAAACCAAGGUGGAAGAUGAGAAAUCAGAAAUGGAAGAAGCCCUGACGGCCAUUACCGAGGAAUUGGCCGUUUCCAUGAAAGAGGAGGUCAAGGAAGAGGAGGCUGAACAAAAGGAGGAGAAAGAAGCGGCUGAAGAAGAAGUUGUCGCUGCCAAAAAGUCUCCAGUGAAAGCUGCUGCACCGGAACUUAAAGAAGAGGAAGCAGAAAAGGAGGAGGAAGAGGGCCAAGAGGAAGAGGAAGAGGAAGAGGAGGCCGCUAAGUCAGACCAAGCCGAGGAAGGAGGAUCUGAGAAGGAAGGUUCUAGUGAAAAAGAGGAGGAAGGAGAAACAGAGGCUGAGGGGGAAGGAGAGGAAGCCGCAGCCGAAGCUAAGGAGGAAAAGAAAACGGAGGAAAAGGCCGAAGAAGUGGCUGCAAAGGAGGAGCUGGUGGCAGAAGCCAAGGUGGAGAAGCCGGAGAAAGCCAAGUCCCCGGUGGCCAAGUCCCCAGCGGCAAAAUCCCCGCCGGCCAAGUCCCCAGAGGCAAAGUCCCCAGCGGCAAAAUCCCCGCCGGCCAAGUCCCCAGAGGCAAAGUCCCCAGCUGCAAAAUCCCCGCCGGCCAAGUCCCCAGAGGCAAAGUCCCCAGUGGCAAAAUCCCCACCAGCCAAGUCCCCAGAGGCAAAGUCCCCAGCGGCAAAAUCCCCGCCGGCCAAGUCCCCAGAGGCAAAGUCCCCAGCAGCAAAAUCCCCGCCGGCCAAGUCCCCAGCGGCAAAAUCACCCGUGGAGGAAGUGAAACCCAAAGCAGAAGCUGGAGCUGAGAAAGAACAGAAAGAGAAGGUGGAGGAAGAAAAGAAAGAAGAAGCCAAGGCAUCUCCCAAGGAAGAGAAGGUAGAGAAGAAGGAGGAGAAGCCAAAGGAUGUGCCAGAGAAGAAGGCUGAGUCCCCAGUGAAGGCGGAGUCCCCCGUGAAGGAGGAGGUGCCCGCCAAGCCCGUAAAGGUGAGCCCCGAGAAGGAAGCCAAAGAGGAGAAGCCACAGGAGAAGGAGAAGGAGAAAGUGGAAGAGGUGGGAGGGAAGGAGGAGGGAGGUUUGAAGGAAUCCAGGAAGGAAGACAUAGCCAUCAAUGGGGAGGUGGAGGGGAAGGAGGAAGAACAGGAAACUAAGGAGAAAGGCAGUGGGGGAGAAGAGGAGAAAGGAGUCGUCACCAACGGGCUCGACGUGAGCCCAGCGGAUGAAAAGAAGGGCGGUGAGAAAAGUGAGGAGAAAGUGAUGGUAACCAAAAUGGUAGAAAAAAUCACCAGUGAGGGGGGAGAUGGUGCUACCAAGUAUAUCACCAAAUCUGUAACCGUCACUCAAAAGGUCGAAGAGCAUGAAGAGACCUUUGAGGAGAAACUAGUGUCUACUAAAAAGGUAGAGAAAGUCACUUCACACGCCAUAGUAAAGGAAGUCACCCACAGUGACUAAUAUUUGAGUCCAUCGCAAAAGGUUAAGCCAUAUGACAAUUUCAAAAAUGCAUGUGAUUGACAGCUUCAAAACAGAACGGGUUCUCCCAUGGGGGCUCCAGACAUUGUAUUUUACUUUGUGCAAUAUGAGGGACCUGCAUGCAAGCUCAGGGUGCUCCCCACCCCCAGUCUUUGGGUGAUUCAAAUGCAUGAUAACUGUAUGUACCUGGGGAAUUGGCCAAUUUCCUAAGCUGUUGGAAGGGGGGCACUCGGGGAAUGUCUUGAGGUGUAUUAUGCAAAGAACCAACUGAGCCAAAAAUAAUAAAUGAAACACAGAACUCUCUUAGCCUUAAGAAAGCUAUAUAUGAAUAAUUAUGUUUACCUCACUGGUGCAUUUAAAAAGGACUUUUGUUCAUGGGAGAACCUCGUUGACAUGCACAGUUUGCAACUUUUAGUUGAUUGAUGUUAAAUGUCACAGCAGUACUUGCUCAAUAAAGGUCAUAUUGGAAACAUA